AUGAUAUUCUUAUGUUACGGUCUGCUUGUUAAAGAUGACUCCACUGAAGUUCGUCGUAGUCGUGAACAAGUCCCUUUUGUACCCUUCUCGUCCCUGAAAUUCUUUAACCUGUAUUCUGUACCUAAUGCGCGGCAACAUGGAGAAUUGACCUACGAUUCGGCCUUUGCGAAGACGCCACCAUCACUGCCUCAACUUUCACAAUUCUUCGCUGUCUGCAUAACAGAUAUUAACCGUCAGGUACUUCUAGUUUUGCUCACCACACUUGGAGCUCUUGUCCCUUUGCUCUUGCAACGGCCCGCGAGUUAA